CUAACAUAAUAUGUAAAGCACACACCAACACUUAGUUCUUUAAUCUGUUUAAUCACAUUCAGAAUUAAAUCAGAUUUGUAAUCCUGCAGAUUCAAUAACAAAACACAUAAUAAAUAACAAGUAAUUCCACACACACACACUCACACACUCUCUCUCUCUCUCUCACACACACACACUCACACACACACGAUACAACAUGUGACUUACAAGGUUAAUUUUAGCUGUGAGUGAGUGUGUGUGUGUGUGUGUGUGUGUGAGUGUGAGUGAGUGUGUGUGAGAGAGCGAGAGAGAGAGAGAGAGUGUGCGUGUGUGUGAGUGAGUGUGUGUGUGAGUGAGUGUAUGUGUGAGUGUGUGUGUGAGUGAGUGUAUGUGUGAGUGUGUGUGUGUGUGUGUGUGUGUGUGAGUGUGUGUGAGAGAGAGAGAGAGUGUGUGUGUGUGUGUGUGUGUGUGUUUCACUUUUGACAUUAAUACGGAUCAGGGACGAUGGCGUCUGUAGAUUAUCCACACUCAAGAAAAAGGAGAAGUAUGACUCCACCUCUCACAAUGUCUGAAGUGAGGAUAAUUCUGUUAGGAAGGAGUCACUCAGAGACCAGCAGUGUGGGGAACUUCAUUCUGGGUAGAGCUGCAUUUGAGACUGAACUUACUCCACAUUCAGUAGAUCAGCAGAGUGAGAACGCCAGUGGAGGGGUGGAGGAAAGAUACAUCACCAUCAUCAAUGCUCAUCAUCUAUACAAUUCUGAACUCACUCAGACGACUGAGAGACUAAAAGAGUGUGUUUCACUUACUGCUCCUGGUCCUCAUGCUUUCUUACUCGUGGUGCAACCUCAGAGUUUUACAGAGGAGGACACGAACCAACUGAAACACUUACUGAACUGUUUCAGUGACCGAGCUCUAAACUAUUCUAUAUUGAUCAGUACAGAUGGAAAAGCCAAUAAAAGAAAAUCUGCAGGUUUUUACAAGUUCCUGGAUGAAUGUGAUGGGAGAUUUCACACAUUUAAACACUCAGAUAAAUCUAAAAAGACUUCAGUUUGUCGGCUGUUUGAGGAGAUUGUCAAAGUGGUGAAAGUAAAUGGAAGUCACCUCACAUGUGAGAUUUCUGAAGAUUUUGUAUAUCAUAACAAACCUGAAAAAGAUGAAGAGAGGAAAAGUGCAGAUUGUUCAGAAGAAAAAAGCAAGAAGUCAUUUAACAUAGUAAGGAGUGUUAAAAAAGGUGUCGCAGCACUGAUCACUAAAUCGUUUUGGAGCACCGGAGAGCAGCAUGCUUACAUACCAGAAGGAGUGUUGAACUUGGUUCUGUGUGGACAUGAUGAAUCACUGAAAGCUGAUGUAUCAGAGCUCAUACUGCCUCAGGGAGAGCAGAUAUCAGAUUCCAGUUCAGUGUGUAUGACGACGACGGGGGAAGUGUGUGGCUACCAGCUCACCCUGGUGGAGAUACCAGCUCUCUAUAACACUCAGCUCUCAGAUGAAGAGAUGUGUGAGACUCUCCACAGUGUUUUACACUGUGAUCCUGGAGUCCAUGCUUUCUUCAUCAUUGUUCCUGAGGGCAGAUUAACUGAUGAAGAUAAAGCAGAAAUAGAAACGAUCCAGAGACACUUCAGCUCCAGAAUCCACAACUACACCAUAUUUCUUAUUGAUCAACAAUCCCAGAUGAAAACGAUGGAUGAAGCUGUAAUAAAUUCUCAUGGAGGACGACAUGAAUUCUUCAGUGCCGGAACAGACACAACAAAGCUGAUUAAAUGUGUAAAUCAGCUUCUUACAGAUAAUCAGUGUAGUCACUACACAAUGGCCAUGUACCUUGAAGCUCAGUUUGAAACACAGUUGGAGUACAAGAGAGAAAUUGAAACUCUACAACAACAGAUAACUGAACUGAAGAUGAUCAGGAAUCAAACACAAGUACCAGAAGGAGUGUUGCCAGUGUUGAACUUGGUUCUGUGUGGACGUGAUGAAUCACUGAAAGCUGAUGUAUCAGAGCUCAUACUGCCUCAGGGAGAGCAGAUAUCAGAUUCCAGUUCAGUGUGUAUGAUGAGGACGGGGGAAGUGUGUGGAUACCAGCUCACCCUGGUGGAGAUACCAGCUCUCUACAACACUCAGCUCUCAGAAGAAGUGAUGUGUGCGACUCUCCACAGUGUUUUAUGCUGUGAUCCUGGAGUCCAUGCUUUCUUCAUCAUUGUUCCUGAAGGCAGAUUAACUGAUGAAGAUAAAGCAGAAAUAGAAACGAUCCAGAGGCACUUCAGCUCCAGAAUCCACAACUACACCAUAUUUCUUAUUGAUCAACAAUCCCAGAUGAAAACGAUGGAUGAAGCUGUAAUAAAUUCUCAUGGAGGACGAUAUAAAUUCUUCAGUGCCAGAACAGACGCAACAAAGCUGAUUAAAUGUGUAAAUCAGCUUCUUACAGAUAAUCAGUGUAGUCACUACACAAUGGCCAUGUACCUUGAAGCUCAGUUAGAAACACAGUUGGAGUACAAGAGAGAAAUUGAAACUCUACAACAACAGAUAACUGAACUGAAGAUGAUCAGGAAUCAAACACAAGAUCCAUCAAUCAGUCCUGACACUCUAAGAAUUGUGCUGCUGGGGAAGACUGGAGUUGGGAAAAGUGCAACAGGAAACACCAUCUUAGGAAAUAAAAUCUUUUUUGAAAACAUUUUAAGUGGUUCAGUUACCACUAUUUGUCAGAAAGAGACGUGUGAGUUGAAUGGGAGACUGAUUACUGUGAUUGAUACACCAGGACUGUUUGAUACAAAAGUUUCUAAUAUAGAGAUAAAAAAAGAGAUCACCAAAUGUAUCUCCAUGGCUGCACCAGGUCCUCAUGUGUUCCUGCUGGUACUGAAAAUAGGACAACGCUUCACACAAGAGGAACAGGAUGCAGUGAAUAUGAUUAAGGAAACUUUUGGUGAGAAAUCUAGAAUGUACACCAUGGUGCUCUUCACUAGUGGUGAUUUGUUAAGAGAACACACAAUCACAAUUGAACAGUACAUAGAGAAAGCUGAUUCAGGUUUAAGGCAGCUUUUGUUUGAAGUUGGUAACAGGUAUCAUGUCUUUAACAACAAUAACAGAAGCAGCAACACUCAGGUUUGUGCUCUCGUUGAUAAAAUCGACUCCAUUGUGAGAGUGAAUAAAGGAAGCUGCUACACCAAUGAGAUGUUCCAGCAGGUGGAGAAAGCAAUAAAGGAAAAUCAGGAGAGAAUCCUGAAGAAGAAAGAGGAGCAGAUGGAGCGAGAGAAAGAAGAACUGAAAGCCAAAUAUGAAGCUGAAAUGGAGAACAUGAAGAAAAUGAUGCAGGAACAAAAAGGACAACAAGAAGCUGAAAGUAGAAGAAAAGAGGAAGAGUUUAAAGAGCGAGAGGAACAGAUAAAAACAGAGCUGGGAGAAAGAGAACAAAUAAUGCGAGAAGAUUUCAGGAAAAGAAAAGAAGAAGACGAUUUAAAGAUGAAUAAGUGGAUAGAACAAAUAAAUCAAGAAAGAGAGGAGAACAGAAAACAGUGGGAGAAGCAAAGAGAAGAAGAUCAGAAACUGAGAGAUCAGAAGGAGGAAGAAGAAAGAAAGAGGAGAGAACAAGAAUGGAAAGAGAAACAGAGAGAAGAGAAAGAGAAGUUUGAGAGAGAAAAAGAAGAGCUGAAAAGAAGUGAAAAAGAAGCAUUAAAGAAAUUACAACAGGGGAACGAACAGAGAGCAGCAGAGGAAGAGAAGAAAAGAAAAGAUUUAGAAGAGAAAAUAAAACAUGCAGAGGAAAGUAAAAAGAAAGAACUACUGGAACUUCAGGUAUCACAACUACAAGAGUCAGAAAGAAGGUUGAAGGAGGAGAAGAAAAGACGUGAUGAACAGCAGAAGUACUGGGAAAUGAAAAUCAGUUGUAUGGAGGAAGAAUGGAAUUUAGAGCAGCGUGAAAAGCAAAUGCAGUAUGAAUUGGAAAAGCAGAAAGAAAAAGAGGAAAGAGAAUUAAAAGAAAAAAAGAGAAAAGAGAAAGAAGAUGAAGAAAAGAAAAGAAUAGAGAAAGAGGCAAAUGAAAAGAUACAAAAGAUGAAGGAACAGCUGGAAGCAGAAAGACUGAAAGAUGAACAAGAGAGAAAAGAAAAAGAUGAAAAGCACAAACAGGAAAUGGAAAAUAAACUUCAAAAGCAGCAGGAAGAUUUUAGAAAAGAGAAAGAAAAUGAAGAGAGGAUUCGCACCGAGGCAGAGCUGAGAAAUUUGGCCUUUAUUAAAGAGCAACACAGCAGAGAGCUGAAGAAUCUGAAGAAACAAACCGAACAAGAAACAAGAAAACAAGCAGAGGAGGAAUUUAAUGCUGAACUGGAUAAGAAAGUUAAAGAAGCAAAAGAUUCAGGUUUGAACCAGGGUUUGGAACGGGGUUUGCAACAAGGUUUUGAAGAGGGUUUUGAAGAGGGCUGUGCAAAAGUAGAGUCAGAAAGAACAAAGCCAGGCAGAAGUGUAGAUUCUUUUGUCAAUUGGGUUUGUAGGUCAAAUAAAGAAAACAAGGUCAAGAAAAAUUUGUGAAAACAUUGAGGGCAUUUUUUUUUUUUUUUUAAAUAGUAGUUUGAUAAAAGGCCUGAGCUGGUUUUGAAAAGAAAAAUGUUUGUAGGUUUCGUUGUGAUGAAUUUGUUCACUUUCUUGGAAGACUUCUUUUUACCUGCAUAAAUAAAACUAAGCAUUCAGGUGACUCAGUGGUCCAUUAACGCUACCUGUGGGUUUGAAUCUCAGCACUGCUACUGGCCUGCCGGGCAUCUACACAGACAUAAUUGGCUAUGUUUUGGGUUUAGAGAUGGUUCCCUGGGGGAUUGGUGCCAUGUUCAGGGUAUUUGUGCCUUGCACCAGAUGUUUGUGGGUAAACCAAACCCACCAUGACCCUGACCAGGAUAAAGCAGAUGAUUAAAAUAAAGUGAAAAUGAAAAUCACAUUUAAAAAAAAUAAGAGAAGGGAAAAAUGGUGUGGAAAUUUAAAAGCAAACAAUUUUUAGGAUUUGAGAAGGACAGAAGUGGCUCAUUAACACCUAAUGUUCAGGUUAAAGCUAAAUGCUCAGUAUAAGAAUCUUUUAAUAUUAGCUUUGGCUGUAACAAGCAGCACCUAUGAGAUUCUUUUAAAAGCUGUUCCUGCAAAUGUUUCUUUUCUUUCACCUUUUUUGCUUUAGGCUGCACAUUUUAUUUGGUCUUUUGUUUCAUUUAUUCAGUAAAUGUAUUAUUAAUGUAUGCUACACCAAAGUCCUGACCUUAAUCCAAUGGAAAUGUUGUGGAAGGACCUGAAGUGAGCAGUUAAUGUGAGGAAACCCACCAACAUCCCAGAGUUGAAGCUGUUCUGUACGGAGGAAUGGGCUAAAAUUCCUCCAAGCCGGUGUGCAGGACUGAUUAACAGUCCCGAAAACGUUUAGUUGCAGUUAUUGCUGCAAAGGGGGGGUCACACCAGAUACUGAAAGCAAAGGUUCACAUACUUUUGCCACUCACAAAUAUGUAAUAUUGGAUUAUUUUCCUCAAUAAAAAAUGACCAAGUACAAUA